CGCAUCGUUGUCUUGUUGGUAGCCACACGCUCCAUCAUCAUGAACGGAAAAUCAAACUGUUUUUCAGUUUACGAUCAAAAGCAAGUUCGUUGAGAUGUUACUACUAUUACUACGCACUGCGGCAUCUGGUGCUGUCACAUAUUCAUGCAAAUGCAAGGCACCAUCACUAAGAACAAGAACCCGAACCCUUAUGCAUCUUUUCCUUCCAAUUCAUCCCAACACCAGCAUCAAUUCCACUAUCCUUUGUUCUUCAUCCUCACUCAAUGAUGACUCAUUUUCUAACCCUAAACCAACAACCAAGUUGGGUUACACUCCUCCAGAGGAACUCUUUGGCCUCGACGUUGAACUCAACCCAAGCAAAACUAACUCUCAGACACAAGAGCCAAGGUCUUGGUUUGGUCCAAAUGGACAGUAUAUCAAAGAGCUUCCUUGUCCGAGUUGCCGGGGAAGGGGUUAUACUCCGUGUACAGAAUGUGGAAUAGAAAGAUCAAGAUCAGAUUGUCCAAAAUGUAACGGAAAGGGUAUAGUGACUUGCCCCCAGUGCUCUGGAGAAUGUGUUAUAUGGGAAGAAUCAAUUGAUGAGAAACCGUGGGAGAGAGCCCGUUCAAUUUCACCACUUAAAGUGAAGGAAGAUGAUGAAGUAGACAAGUUAGACAUAAAGUUAGAUGUGAAGAAAAAAUCCAAGCGUGUUUACCAGUCACCAUCUCCUGAAGUGGGAUUAAAGAUUAGUCGUUCAUUGAAAAGUCUUAAUGCGAAAACUGGUCUAUUUAGCAACCGAAUGAAGAUGAUCCACCAGGAUCCCAAGCUUCAGGCGCAAAGAGUGGCUGCUAUUAAGAGAGCCAAGGGAACUAUUGCAGCAAGAAAGCAUACUUCCAAGACUAUGAAAGCUUUCUUUAGUGAUCCGAUAAACCGUCAGAAAAGGAGCAUGGCCAUGAAGGGAGUGAAAUUCUACUGUCAAAACUGUGGACGCGAAGGGCAUAGGAGACACUACUGUCCGGAACUCAAGGAUUCUUCGGUUGACCGGCGAUUCACAUGCAAAUUAUGUGGGGAAAAGGGCCACAACAGAAGAACAUGCAACAAGUUAAAGAUAAGCCACGACAAUGGUAGAGUUAUAAAACACAAUAGGUGUAAAAUAUGUCGCCAAUAUGGCCAUAACCAGAGGACAUGCCCUCAAGUUGUUCCCAGCAAAAGAAGGGACACUCUCUUGAAUAAAGCAUACAAGUGUAGGUUGUGCCACAAAGAGGGACACAAUAUUAGGACAUGUCCUAGCAGAGUUGUUACUGAAAAUCCUCAAGAUCAGUAGUCUUGAGAAAAAGACACAAGCUUCUCUAGUGAUAUUUUAUUCACGACAGAAAUCAGAACUGAAAAAGCUGUGUGUUUUGCUCAUCCUUGUGUGUUCCCAAAAGGGGUCCUUUUAUCCUUGCAGUAAUAUUGUAUGCUAGAGAGAAAAAAUGAAUCAAAAUUCUGACAAUAGAGCACUACCCGAAA